CCGGGCUGCGCGGCUGGGCUGGGUUCGGCUCGGAGCGGUGCGGCGCGGCUCGGAGGAGCCAUGCCGGCAGCCACUGCGCCGGGGCCGGACGAGCCGCGCACCGCUGCGCCCGGGCGGGACGGCGGUGGCCCCCGCGGGUACACAGGGCAGUGCAGCCAUGUACCCCCUCCCCAGCUGGGCACCCUGCAGAUCAUUCAUGGCAAUGGCACAGCCGUCGGGACGGUCAUCGCCUUCCAGUGUGCGGCCGAGCACCAGCUGGAGGGGCCGGGCGUCAUCACCUGCAUAUGGAAGGGGAACGAUACCCAGUGGACGGCAGAAGUGCCCUCCUGCAAGCCCAUAUCGAAGUAUGAGACUUUUGGAUUUAAAGUUGCAGUGAUUGCUUCCAUCGUGAGCUGUGCCAUCAUUCUGCUGAUGUCCAUGGCUUUUUUAACCUGUUGUCUCAUCAAGUGUGUGAAGAAAAGUGAAAGGAGAAGGACUGAAAGGGACAUGCAGCUGUGGUAUCAGCUCAGAACUGAAGAACUGGAGAACAUGCAUGCUGCUUACUUUGGUUAUAAGGGAAGGAAUAACAACAACAACAACAAGAAACUCAGGAAUAAUUCUGUAUUUGACGAUGUGACUAACAUGGCAUAUGACAACCAAGGCUUCUACAGAUUCCAGGAGGAGUGGACUCGGGACAUGGCAGCUUCGGGGCGCUGCAAAGCCAGUGAGCGGCUGCCCAAGCUCAGCAGCAGCAGCAGCACACCUGAGAGACCCACAGUGCCGGGACACAGCACUGCUCUGCACACAGUGAAUUCAGUCCAUGUGGUUGAGGUCUAUGGACACACAGACAGAUACAACAAACCCAGGUGUCAGAUACCUGGCUAGCUGCUGGCUGAAGUGCACUUGCUUCUCUGGACCAAAAAGAAGUGGAUCAAAAUAAUGUGCCUUAAAGAUAACGCAGGAAGUUAACUAUUCAUUUGAAUCUGAAAGUUUUAUAUAUUACAAAGUGGUUAUUUAACAGGAAUACUUUGAGGUCUGAUAUAAAUAAAAUAAGGAAUGUUGAGGCUGGCCGUCAGCAGCCAUUCUCUGCAGUGCGCUGUGUGUUGUGGCCGUGGCAGAGCACCAUGGCUUUGUGUACCUCCAGAGAGGAAUGGGAGCCGGUUUGUGUCUCUGCCUCAUAGAAAUUCACUGGUGAUAAUUACACAUUCAUUAUGCCUUCCUUAACCCGUGUUUAUUGUAAACAUAUCAGGAAGAAAAAUCCCCCAUAUUUUUACACAGUGGUAUGAUAGAAUGACAGUAAGAUGUUUUUUAAUUAAAAGCCCCUCUUGUUCUGCAGAAGGGAGGCCUUACUGCUUAAUUGCACUGCUCUGUGUUUAGAGGCCAUGGAUGGAGUGGUGCAGCAGGGCACAGCCGCAGACCCCCAGCUGGUCCAGGAGCCCUGAGGAGCUGCUGCUGCUGCACCCAGUGAGUUUUCACCCAGCAAUGACAUUGCAGCCUAGAGUAAAGCAAGAAGACAGCAGGUGUUUAGGUAAAUCUGAUUCUGUGAUGGAAGUAAAAGUAGUAAUGAGUUAGCAAAGCAGAAUUUGAACCAUCAUUGCUGCAGCUUCAGGAAAUUGUGAAGGACGAGGAAGGCUGGGGAAGGUGCAAAAGGGCUUUAAUAAGGGGAGAGCUGAGAAGCACGAGAAGUGCCAGGGAAAAGGUGCUUCUGAUAGCCACAAAGACCACAGGAUGUAUGCUUGAAGUAUCAGUUGGCACAGAAGGCCACAGGAAGCAGCAGUGCGAGUGGGUGCAUUCAGUGCCUCCGCGCAGAGCACCAGUCACUGGCAUUUAUUGAGGUGUCUAAUCCAAGAGGCAGCACAGUUACAACAGGAUAAGGAAACAACACCCAUGCUGUCUUUCAUGAGAUUUGUGGCUCCGUUCCCUCUGGGUCUGUGCUCAGUUUAUGACAGCUGCACCCCCUGGAGUUGGUUUUAUUGCUCACAUAAACAUUAUUUAUUGUCAGGAGGAAAAGGAGCGCUGUGCAGGGAGAUGAAAGCAGCUGAGAACCUAUAAUAGAGGCUUAAGUACACAUGCUUAUUAACCCUUAAAUGCUUGGCAGCCAGUGAUCUCAGGUUCAGGUUCCCAUUUCUGCUCCAAAGGAAGUGCAUUUCCAUGUUUUUAUGGAACAACUGAAACAGCCCGAACUGCACACACAAGCACAGUGCAGCCCCCUCCCUGCAGAGGUGCUCAGAAAUGAAUCGUUGCACAUUGCAGGAUGAUAGGAUAGUUCCUUGAUGAUAGGAUAAUUCCUUGCAGAUGAAAAACCUGCCAGCUGUGUUUGUCAGAGUACUGCUCAUUUUCUUUCCCUGCCCUGGGCUUUAGGGCUGCUCUCCUGGAGCAGACAGCUCUGCUGGGACUGCUGCACUGCUCUCCUGCUCAGCUUUGGCUGCUUGCAGAAAACUAAGAGAUAGUUUUUAAGAUCUUAAGCUAAGUACUGAUGAGGGACUGGUUUUUAAGCCAGCUGACACGCUGUUUGCUGUAGGAAAGCUUCUGAUCCUGACAUCCUUUUAAAUGAAAAUCCACUCUUUGGAACAAAUGAAAGAGAAUCUGUUUGCCAUGCUGGGAAGGCUCAGUGUCUAUGCAGUGCUGGAUGGAGCCCUGCACCCCACCCUUGGCAGAGCCCUUCCUGGGGUCACAGGGAUGGGGAGCCCUCAUCACAGCACAGCACAGCACUGUGGGUUUUGUGAGCCCUGGCACAGCUCUCACUGCUUGUUUUCUUAACGUGCAAUGUAAGUUUGAUGUGAAAAUCAGAGCUUCCAAACAAAAAUAUGUAGGUGUCCCACUCUCGUGUU